AUCUACAACACUAUGGAAAAUCAACGUGAAACCAAAGAAAGCAAGGUGUUUAAUGAUCCCAUCCAUGGCCACAUCGAGUUGCACCCACUUCUUGUCAAAAUCAUAGACACCCCUCAGUUCCAGAGACUACGAAACAUCAAGCAACUUGGGGGGGUUUAUUUUGUUUAUCCAGGAGCAUCUCACAAUCGCUUUGAACACUCGAUUGGGGUGGCACAUUUAGCAGGUCAGCUUGCAAAAAAGUUAGCGGAGUUGAAGGAAUCACUGAUCAGUGACCAAGAUGUUCUCUGUGUGCAGAUUGCCGGUCUUUGUCAUGACCUAGGACAUGGGCCCUUUUCUCAUUUUUUUGAUGGGAUGUUUAUGGAUAAAAUUCAAUUUAUUUUUUUUAAAUGGAGACAUGAGAAGGCCUCUAUUGAAAUGUUUAAACACCUACUGGAUAAAAAUGACUUAAAAAAAGUGAUGGGGGAAUAUGGACUGAAAGUAGAUAAAGAUGGAACUGACCUGGUGUUCAUUGAAGAAAUGAUCGAGAACCCUCAGGAUAAAAAACCUCAGAAUGAUGCAUGGCCAUAUAAAGGUCGAGAAGAGAAAAAAUCCUUUCUCUAUGAAAUUGUGUCAAACAAGAAAACCGGGAUUGAUGUUGACAAGUUUGACUACUUUGCCAGGGAUUGCCACCACCUGGGCAUUCCGAACAGCUUUGACCAUCAGCGCUUCGUCAUGUUUGCCAGGGUGUGUGAUGUGGAGGAGGAUAGGAAAAAAUUUAAGCACAUUUGCUCUAGAGACAAGGAAUCUGCAAACCUGUAUGACAUCUUCCAGCAAAGGCUCUCGAUCCACAGAAGAGCCUGCCAGCACAAGAUAAAAAUGGCAGUAGAAAUUAUGCUCAAAGAUGCCCUAAUACUAGUAGAUGACCAUCCAGACUUCAAAAUUCAAAAUUCAAAAGGGGGGACGUUUCAUAUCUCCCAGGCAAAUGGUGACAUGGAGGCAUACACAAAGCUGACAGAUCAUGUGUUUGAAAGAAUACUCCAUUACCAGGAAGGAAGGAAGGAAUCUUCCUCCAAGGAAGAAAUGCAAAAAGAAUCAGAUUUGGAGAAGGCAAGGGAGAUUCUACAGAGGGUCAUGAAACGGGACCUGUACCGCUGUGUGGGUCAAGCCAAGUUCAAGAAAAAAUCAGAAGAGGAGAUAAAGGAAAGGUUAAAAAACCUGGUUAACGACAUUCAGGACGACGGGAAAGACAGAGAUGAAGUUAAUAAUGUCACUUUGACAUAUACCAUGGGAAAUGAGAAGCCCAUCACUAAAAAAUAUUCUUAUGACAAGAAGGAGCCUGAAAAAUCAGAGGAUGUCACUUUGGGCUAUGGGAUGGAAAAUGUUGACCCCAUCAGUAAAGCAUAUUACUAUCGCAAGGAUAGCCCUGAUAAAGGAGAACCAAUCCCCAAAUCAGAUGUGUUCAGUGUCCUCCCAGACUGGUUUUCUGAUGAGAUGCUUAGGGUUUACUGGAAGAAUCCUAAAGAACUAAAAGAUGAAGAUAUAAAAACGAAAGAAGAAGAAUUCAAGGAAUUCUUCAAAGACUGGUGCAAGGAUAAUGGUUAUAAGGAUCUAAACAAGGAAGUCCCCAGCGCUGGUCGAGCAACUCCAGGAAAUGAAUGA